CACCAGUGGUCGUUCAUUAAACUGUAGCUAACAGCGCCACCAGUGGUCGUUCAUUAAACUGUAGCUAACAGCGCCACCAGUGGUCGUUCAUUAAACUGUAGCUAACAGCGCCUCCAGUGGUCGUUCAUUAAACUGUAGCUAACAGCGCCACCAGUGGCCGUUCAUUAAACUGUAGCUAACAGCGCCACCAGUGGCCGUUCAUUAAACUGUAGCUAACAGCGCCACCAGUGGUCGUUCAUUAAACUGUAGCUAACAGCGCCUCCAGUGGUCGCUCAUUAAACUGUAGCUAACAGCGCCACCAGUGGUCGUUCAUUAAACUGUAGCUAACAGCGCCACCCAGUGGUCGUUCAUUAAACUGUAGCUAACAGCGCCACCAGUGGUCGUUCAGUGAACUGUAGCUAACAGCGCCACCAGUGGUCGUUCAUUAAACUGUAGCUAACAGCGCCACCAGUGGUCGUUCAUUAAACUGUAGCUAACAGCGCCACCAGUGGUCGUUCAGUGAACUGUAGCUAACAGCGCCACCAGUGGUCGUUCAUUAAACUGUAGCUAACAGCGCCACCAGUGGUCGUUCAUUAAACUGUAGCUAACAGCGCCACCAGUGGUCGUUCAUUAAACUGUAGCUAACAGCGCCACCAGUGGUCGUUCAUUAAACUGUAGCUAACAGCGCCUCCAGUGGUCGCUCAUUAAACUGUAGCUAACAGCGCCACCAGUGGUCGUUCAUUAAACUGUAGCUAACAGCGCCACCAGUGGUCGUUCAGUGAACUGUAGCUAACAGCGCCACCAGUGGUCGUUCAGUGAACUGUAGCUAACAGCGCCACCAGUGGUCGUUCAUUAAACUGUAGCUAACAGCGCCACCAGUGGUCGUUCAUUAAACUGUAGCUAACAGCGCCACCAGUGGUCGUUCAGUGAACUGUAACUAACAGCGCCACCAGUGGUCGUUCAGUGAACUGCAUCCUGGGCGUCGUCCAACAGAGACAAACACUGAACGCUGUAAAAUAACUGACAGUCAUAUUUAGAAUAACGUUACUAUCUGCAAUGUUCCUAUAUUUUAUUUGGACCGUUAGCUCCAUGCUAAUAACUAGCUCGCCGUUUACAAACCACCCAUCAGCCAACACCACGAAGCAACCGACACCAGACCCACAAUGCAACACCAAGAUACAGCCUGACAACCCCAGUUAGCUUAGCUACAGUUGGCUAGUAACUAGUUAGCUCUUGGCUAGUAUAAGGCAAUUGUUAGCUUUGUAACAUUAGCAUAAUUUAUUGUUGGCUAAAAUCAACACCGUUUGUCAAAAUACAUAAGUUAGCAUCAUGGAUCAUGUUAGCUGGGGAAGCUAACGUUAGCCAACUAACAUAUCCACUCAGUAUUUUGCUAGCAAUAAUGUUACAGAGCGAGCUAACAUUAGCCAGUCAGCUGCGACUGAGGAGAAUAACCCCUCGUUAGCGCCACCAUUACAGCUGAUUGUGAGGUGACAAAUGAAGAUAAAAAGAAGAGAGGGAAAGAAAAGAAAAUCCUCUGCUGACCAAUCUGUCGUCGUUCUAAUGCAGAGAUUGUUCACAAGUCUUCAAUACAUGUGAAACAGUCCUUUCAGUCUCACCCGGUCCUGGUCCUGGUCCUCUUCAGGCUGAUGAAGAUGAGUGAUGUGGAGGAAGAGGAGCACAGACCUCCAGGAUCCAGCUGUCUGUCUGUGAACCUCAGUGAAGAGACGGAUCUGAUCCAGCAUGAGUCCUUUAAAAGACAGAGAGCAGAGUCUCCGCUGUCCAGCUGUCCGUCCAUGAAGAGCGACUGGUCCAAACAGUCUCCUCCAAACUUCAGUCCUGAUCCUGGACCCUCAGACAAACAACAAAUACUACAGAGAGCAGAGUCUCCGCUGUCCAGCUGUCCGUCCAUGAAGAGCGACUGGUCCAAACAGUCUCCUCCAAACUUCAGUGCUGAUCCUGGACCCUCAGACACACAACAGAGGAAGAGUCAGGACGUCCUGAAGGAUAAAGUCUCUACCAGCUGUGGACUCUCAUACUGGGACCAGUCUCGUUCACCAGGAGACUCCUCCUGUCCCCAGUGUGGAGACAGAUCCGGAACCAGAGCUGGACUGCAGACAGACAGCGAGACCAGUUCUGUACAAAAUGGUGGUCUGCAGGAGGUUUUAGAAGAACAUAAGAUCAGUCUGAGGAAGAGAUGUGAACGUGUGACUGAAGGAGCUGAUGAACCAGGAAGUGGAACCCUCCUCAACAGGAUCUACACUGAGCUCUACAUCACAGAGGGACAGAGUGAAGAGGUUAAUACCCAACAUGAGGUGAGACAGCUUGAGACAGCCUCUAAGAAGAAGAUCCUCCAUGAGACUCCAAUCAGGUGCAAUGACAUCUUUAAAGCCUUACCUGACCAACAGAGACACAUCAGAGUGGUUCUGACAAACGGUGUCGCUGGCGUUGGAAAAACCUUCUCAGUGCAGAAGUUCACUCUGGACUGGGCAGAGGGCUUGGAAAACCAAGAUGUCAGUCUGGUGGUUCUGCUUUCAUUCAGGGAGCUGAACCUGAUCAAAGAUGAGCAGUACAGUCUUCUCACGCUGCUCCAUGUUUUCCAUCCAACAUUACAGAAGGUCACAGCAGAGCAGCUCACUGUCUGUAAACUUUUGUUCAUCUUUGACGGCCUGGAUGAAAGCAGACUUUCACUGGAUUUCCACAACAAUGAGAUUGUGUCUGACGUCAUACAGAAGUCUUCAGUCAGCGUGCUGUUGACAAACCUCAUCAAGGGGAAUCUGCUUCCCUCGGCUCUCUUCUGGAUAACUUCCAGACCUGCAGCAGCCAAUCAGAUCCCUCCUAAAUGUGUUGAUAGGGUAACAGAAGUACGAGGCUUCACUGACACCCAGAAGGAGGAGUACUUUAGGAGGAGGGUCAGUGAUGAAGAUCUGUCCAACAGGAUCAUCUCCCACAUCAAGACCUCCAGGAGCCUCCACAUCAUGUGUCUAAUCCCAGUCUUCUGCUGGAUCACUGCUACAGUUCUGGACCACAUGUUGACUACAGACCAGAGAGGAGAGCUGCCCAAGACCCUGACUGACAUGUACUCACACUUCCUGCUGGUUCAGACAAAGAGGAAGAAGCAGAAGUAUGAAGAGGGACAUGAGACGAGUCCACAGGAGCUGAUCGAGGCUGACAGGAAGGUUCUUCUGAAGUUGGGGAGGCUGGCGUUUGAGCAGCUUGAGAAAGGAAACAUCAUGUUCUACCAAGAAGACCUGGAGCAGUGUGGUCUUGAUGUCACAGAGGCCUCGGUGUACUCAGGAGUUUGUACAGAGAUCUUCAAAAGAGAGAGUGUGAUCUUCCAGAAAACAGUCUACUGCUUCGUUCAUCUGAGCAUUCAGGAGUUUCUGGCUGCAGUCUACAUGUUCCACUGUUACACCAACAGGAACACAGAGGUACUGGAGGACUUCCUGGGAGAAGAGGGGGAUGAUGAUGAUGUGGAGGAUGAUGAUGAUGAUGAUGAUGAUGAUGAUGAUUAUGACUAUUACCCAUCCCUGGAUGACUUCCUGAACAGAGCCAUGGAGAAAUCCCUUCAAAGUAAAAAUGGCCACCUGGACCUGUUUGUUCGCUUCCUUCAUGGCCUCUCUCUGGAGUCCAACCAGGGACUCUUAGGAGGUCUGCUGGGUCGGACAGACAACAGUCCAGAAAUCAUCCAGAGAGUCAUCAACCACCUGAAGCAGAUGAAAGCUAAGUUAAUCUCUCCAGACAGAAGCGUCAACAUCUUCCAAUGUCUGAUGGAGAUGAAGGACCACUCUGUCCAUCAAGAGGUCCAAGAGUUCCUGAAGUCCAAUCAGGAACUCUCUGUGAUCCACUGCUCAGCUCUGGCCUACAUGCUGCAGAUGUCAGAGGAGGUUCUGGAUGAGUUGGACCUGGACAAGUACAACACAUCAUGGGAGGGACGACUGAGACUGAUUCCAGCUGUGAGGAACUGCAGAAAGGCUCGACUUCCUGAAUGUUGGCUCUCAGAGAGUCACUAUGAAGUGGUGGUCUCCGCUCUGAGGGCCAACCCCUCCCACCUGAGAGACCUGGACCUGAGAGGAAGCAGGCUGCAGGAUUCAAGAGUGAAGCUGCUGUGUGCUGGACUGGAGAGUCCACAAUGUAGACUGGAGUCACUCUCACUUGCUAAUUGUGGACUGACUGAGAUCAGCUGUGGCUCUCUGGCCUCGGCGCUGACGUCCAACCCCUCCCACCUGAGAGAACUGGACCUGAGCAGAAACAACCUGCAGGAUUCAGGUGUGAAGCUACUCACUGCUGGACUGGAGGGUCCACAGUGGAGACUGGACACUCUCAGACUGAGUGAGUGCAGUCUGUCAGAAAUCAGCUGUUCCUCUCUGGCCUCGGCUCUGAAGUCCUCCCAUCUGAGAGACCUGGACCUGAGUCACAACAACAACCUGCAGGAUUCAGGAGUAAAGCUUCUAUCUGCUGGACUGGAGAGUCCACAAUGUAGACUGGAGACCCUGAGACUGAAUCACUGUGAGCUACCAUCAAGCUGCUGUUCCUCUCUGGCUUCGGUCCUGAUGUCCAGCCCCUCCCGUCUGAGAGACCUGGAUCUGAGUUACAACAGACUGCAGGAUACAGGAGUGAAGCUGCUGUCGGCAGGGCUGGAGAGUCCACAUUGUAGACUGGAGACUCUGAGGUUGAUGUGCUGCCUGCUCACAGGUGGAAGUUGUUCCUCUCUGGCCUCGGCCUUGAGGUCCUCCCAUCUGAGAGACCUGGACCUGAGUCACAACAAGCUGCAGGAUUCGGGAGUGAAGCUGCUGUCGGCAGGGCUGGAGAGUCCACAAUGUAGACUGGAGACUCUGAGGCUGAGGGACUGUCACAUCACAGAUGAUGGUUGUGGUUCUCUGGCUUCUGCUCUGAAGUCCAGCUCCUCCCAUCUGACAGACCUGGACCUGAGGCUCAACAGAGUGCAGGAUUCAGGACGGAAGCUACUGAAAUCCACAUUGUGGACUGAAGACUGUAAGGUUGAAGUGACCCUGGACUGUAGAGACGGAUGACGUCAUCCAUCAACCUGGACCCGUCGGUCAUCUUCCUUCACUGAUUGACUCUCAUCCUUCUGCACUUCCUCUUGAAGCUGCAGUGUGGGAACCUUCCCACCGCCAGCUCAACAACUGUGUAUACCUGUACCGCAGUAUGGAUGAGAGCUCGGUAAUCCGGCUGCUGGUAAAUGUACAUUCAGAGGGCAAUACCAUAGAAUAAGAAUACCGUAUUGAGCCUGAAUCCUACAGCCAGCAGCACAAACAAUCAUGUUGUGUCAUUAUUGAUCAACGACAAACAUUCAGAAACAGUUAUUGAUGAUUCUGACAUAAACAACCACUUUAUUAACUGUUUGUGUUUAUUAAUCCACCUUUUACGUCGAGACCACAGAAGAACAGGAGGGUUUAUCUCCACUUCCUGUUACUCUCUGCUGUUUCCAAGGUUCAUUAUUAGAAGGUAGGUCAGCUGAGUUUAUGGGAAUUAUUAAGGUUCAAAUCCCCUCUGCUCCACACUGUCACACCAACGACAUCAUGAGGAGCCGUCUCACUGUAAGGUAACAAACACACAUUGACUCUUGCAUCAUCACUCUCCUUCUCUGCUGCUGAAACCCUCAUCCACGCCUUCAUCACCUCCAGAACCGACUACUGCAACAGCAUCCUCUACGGCACACCAUCCAAACUCUGAAUAAGCUACAGUACAUCCAAAACUCCGCUGCACGUAUGCUCACCCACACCCGCACCCGUGAAAUCACACACAUUCAAAGUAACCUAGUAACCAACAGACGCUCUGGCAGUAGGAACACCGUCACGAGCUCCUUUAAUACAGAAACAAUCAGUUCAACCUCAGAGCUUCUGUAUGUAACCGUCAUUAAACUGUUAACAGCGCCGCCAGCCGGACAACCAGCAUAGCUUAGCUACAGUUAGCUAGCUGGAUGCCCCUGCCACGCAGAAAGCUAUUGUUAGCUUUGUAACAUUAUAAUAAAUACGUUAGCACCAUCACAUUACCUGGUAAGCUACUGUUAGCACAAGUUAGCUUAAGCCUCAGUCUGUUAACAUGACUUUUGGCUAGUAGAAAGCAAUCGUUAGCUUUGCACCGUUACAUCGUUUAUUGUGGGUGUCAGAAUACGUACGUUAGGGUUAGCAUUAGCUACUUAGCUACCUACAUUGUCAGUGUUAGCAAGCAAGCUAACAUUAUCCAGCUAACAGCACAAUCAGACAGUAUGUUCCACUAGCUUAGCAUUAGUGGGGGACUCUGUGUGGGGGACUCUGUGUGGGGGACUCUGUGUGGGGGACUCUGUGUGGGGGACUCUGUGUGGGGGACUCUGUGUGGUGGACUCUGUGUGGUGGACUCUGUGUGGUGGACUCUGUGUGGUGGACUCUGUGUGGUGGACUCUGUGUGGUGGACUCUGUGUGGUGGACUCUGUGUGGUGGACUCUGUGUGGUGGACUCUGUGUGGUGGACUCUGUGUGGUGGACUCUGUGUGGUGGACUCUGUGUGGUGGACUCUGUGUGGUGGACUCUGUGUUGCCCACUGUUGGCACUCGGGAGCAUAAAGGUAGAAAUGCUUCAGAUUGUUACGUAAUGCUCCUUUAAUGUGUGAAUUCUCUGAAUGUUUAAGCUGUGAUGAACACGUGAUGAACUGGAGCCUCUUAUGAUUGUAUGACUCAUGUUUGUAGUCGUUGAUACUUUUGGAUAUAAAUUAAAUUAAAGAGGUUAAACACUCUCA